AUGUGCCGUCUUGGUCAAAAAAAGUCCCGGAAAGGAUGCAUCAAUUGCAAGCGACGACGUGUGAAAUGCGACGAAUUGGCGCCAUGCCGCAACUGCAUCCGCCGAGGCGAGGACUGCAGCUUGUUGGCUCCAUCACCGAGCUCGGCCAGCGAAAGGCACGAUAUGGCAGCUGAAGCAUCGGCGACUCCCCAAGAAUGGAUGGACGACCUCGCGUUGAUGCGACACUUCGUCAAGUGGACUACCAAGGAGCCGUUCGGAGCACGCGAAGAGGUUCAGUACCUAUGGCAGGAAGUGGUUACAGACAUGGCCCUUGAGUAUCCAUUCCUUAUGCACGGCGUACUAUCCCUAGCAUCGCUCCAUCUCGUCCAUGUCAAGCCGGAGGAAGCCGACAAAUAUCUACGCAUUUGCGAUCGUCACCAGACGAGAGCAGUGGAGAUGUUCCGUGGCCUGCUCUCAUCUGAGAUAGUCGCGCAGAACGCUACACCAAUGUUUGCCCUGUCAAGCUGCAUCUCAAUAGCGUCAAUGUCUCGACAGUGUGCGACGGCGGCGAUACAGCCCGAACCGCAGUUCGUAGACAUCGACCAGGUGUGCGAGAUGUUUCUCUUGACCAGGGGAGUUGCCGAUGUUGUUAGCGCGUGCCACGAAUCGAUAAGUAAAGGUCCGCUGGCUGCCAUGAUGACGGGAUACCUUCUACCAGCCGACGAAGAUCCACUCGCGUUACCAACCACUGUUACCCAGAGGCUGGAGGACUUGUAUCAUCUGGCAGAAAAAGCAUGUCCCGAGGAAGACAAGUUUGAUGCCUGCAAACACGCGCUGUUGCAGCUCGAUAAAACAUACCAAGCCAUCGCUUACUACGAUGCUCGGAAUGAGUUGCAGACCGGGCAUGCAUGGAGCUGGAUGACUUCCAUACCGUUUCUAUUCGUUCUGAUGAUCCAAGCGAGAGAACCAGUAGCACUGAUCAUUCUGGCGGACUUCGCGGCAGCGUCAAUGUCCAUAGAGUCUGCUUGGUACACGCAGAAGUGGGGUUCAUAUUGCUUGCAAGGCAUCAGCAUGACACUCAAGGACGUGGAAGCUGGCGACUGGCUCGAAUGGCCGAGAAGACAUGCGCAGUCGAACAUGAGUGUACUGCGGCAGAGCAAGACUCCCGUCAAUGCUGCUCCAUGA